CUCAUCCAAAGACACCCCCAAAAUCAAUUCUUUUUCUGUGAAAGCAGAACUAGCAAAACCCUCUUCAAUGGCGACAAUGUCCGUAAUGUCAGCUUCAAAAUCAUUCCUUUACAAUCAAAACAAACUCAUACUCUUCUCAAUCUUCAAACAUCCAAAACCCACCUUUUCAAUCCCCUCAAAACCCUCUAAAAAUCUCACCCUUUUCACUCCCACCACAAGAUGCAUUCAUUCAUCUAAACAAUCACUUGAAACCAAAAAUCAAGACAUGGGUUUGGCUCAAAAACCUAAUAUCGUCAACAUACUGGAAGAAAGAGGGCUGCUUGAAUCAGUUACUAGUGAGAAUUUAAGGUUAGUUUGUUCUUCAAAUUCAUCAAACCCUAUGAAAGCUUAUUGUGGUUUUGAUCCAACUGCUGAUAGUUUACAUUUAGGUAAUUUGAUUGGUAUAAUUGUGUUAUCAUGGUUUCAAAGAUGUGGUCAUAAUGCUGUUGCUGUUAUUGGUGGUGCUACUGCUAGAGUUGGUGACCCUUCUGGUAAAAAUAUUGAAAGACCUGAAUUAGAUGUUGAAACCCUAGAGAGCAACACAUUAGGGAUUGUCCAAACAAUUCGUACUAUUCUAGGUAGAUAUGAUCAGAACAGGAAUGGUAACCCCAAUUUGAUGAUUUUGAAUAAUUUUGAUUGGUGGAAAGAGGUUAAAUUGUUGGAUUUUUUGCGCGAUGUUGGGCGGUAUGCGAGAGUCGGUACAAUGAUGGCGAAGGAUAGUGUGAAAACCAGGUUAGAAUCAGAGCAAGGGUUGAGUUAUACUGAGUUUACUUAUCAGUUAUUGCAGGGUUAUGAUUUUUUGCAUUUGUUUCGUAAUGAAGGGAUUAAUGUUCAAAUAGGAGGAAGUGAUCAAUGGGGGAACAUAACUGCGGGUACAGAAUUGAUAAGGAAGAUUCUUCAAGUAGAGGGUGCGUAUGGUUUAACGUUUCCGCUCUUGUUGAAGAGUGAUGGGACUAAGUUUGGGAAGUCUGAAGAUGGUGCAAUUUGGUUGUCACCAUCAGUUUUGUCGCCUUAUAAGUUUUAUCAGUAUUUUUUUACUGUUCCGGAUGUGGAUGUUGUGAGGUUUCUUAAGAUUCUUACAUUUUUGAGUUUGGAGGAGAUUAAAGAGGUGGAAGAAGGAAUGAGAAAACCUGGGUAUGUUCCGAAUUCUGCUCAGAGAAGACUCGCGGAAGAGGUUACUCGUUUUGUUCAUGGUGAAGAGGGUUUGCAGGAGGCUUUGAAAGCAACUGAAGCAUUGAAACCUGGAGCGGAGACUAAGCUAGAUUGGAAGACUAUUGAGGGGAUUGCUAAAGAUGUACCGUCAUGUUAUUUGAGUUAUGAUCAAGUCUUGAAUGCGUCUGUGAUUAAUCUUUCAGUUACUACUGGUUUGUUUGAGAGUAAAUCUUCAGUGCGCCGUAUGUUAAAGUCUGGUGGGCUUUACUUGAACAAUGCCAGAGUUAGUGAGGAUAAGUGUAUUGAAGCCGGAGAUAUUAUUGAUGGUAAAAUCCUUCUGUUAUCUUCUGGGAAGAAGAACAAGAUGGUCGUAAGGAUAUCUUAAUCUUACUAUUGUUUAUUUUUGUCCAUUUGAUUUAUAGAAUUUAAC